GUUACUUAAGGCUCGUAGUUUGGCAUCUCCAUCACCAUGGCUCUGCCUGCACACUGCCAGAAAAUUGUUUUCUUUGGGCUUUUGCUCUCAUCUGCUGUAAUUAAAGCGGAGAAUAAAGUUGUUCCGGGCCCACGGAGCUUUCGGUUCCAUCUUAAUGAAGAUAACCAGACACUGGAUGAGACAGUAAAGAAUUAUCUGACUGGUUCCAUUACCACGAUGAUGAUUCCAGUAAUUUUAAGCAUCAUCGUGAUCAUUGGACUCCCGGCCAAUGGGCUGGCCCUUUUGAUUCUGGUCACCAAGGUGCAACGACUACCUUCCACCAUCUUCUUGAUGAACCUGGCGACAGCCGACCUUCUCCUGAUUCUGGUGCUCCCGUUCAAGAUCCACUAUCACUUCCAGGGCAACAACUGGAUCUUCGGCGAAGCCCUGUGCCGGACGAUGACGGCCUUCUUCUACGGGAACAUGUACUGCUCCAUCCUGCUCCUCACCGUCAUCAGCGUCGACCGAUACUUUGCUCUGGUCCACCCAUUCUACUCCAAAGGUUUCAGAGACAAUCGGUUCGCUGUGGCUGUCUGCUUCGUGAUUUGGGUUCUUGUUGGAAGUUUCAUGAUCCCACUUCUUCUCGAGAAGCAGGUGUACUCCUUCCAGAACCCAAACAUCACAACCUGCCACAACGUCUUGCCUGCCAAGGUGGACUCUGGUUACUUCUUGUAUUUCUUUUUGUGUCUGGUUGCUGUCGGGUUUCUCAUUCCUUGUGCAGUUACUGUAUUUUGUUAUGUGUCUAUAGUCAGGGCAUUGCUCAAAAGCAGUGACCAAUUUGGCCAGGCUGUAAGGAACAUGGUGUUAGUGCUGAUUACGUACGUGGUGUGUUUCGCCCCCAGCAAUAUCAUCCUCCUCAUUCACCAUUCUGGCCACUUCACGAACCUCUAUCAGAGUUACACAAUCUCCCUCAUGCUGGGUACCCUCAACAACUGCAUUGACCCAUUCAUCUACUACUAUGUUUCUGACGAGUUUCGGAAUAAAGCGAGAAGUGUGAUCCUCUCCUUGACAAAGAAAGGCAAGAAGUCAAUAAAAGUAACUCAGCCACUGAUCGAGUCCGGUUCCUCCUCAGCACCUGAGAGCAAAGCAACAUCUGAGCACACUAUUUAAGCACGUCACUCAUCUCUUAAUGAGAGUAAUUAUUGAAGCAAAGCUCCUAAUGGCUUUCAUAUCAGGGGCAGGAAACUCUGCAGGAUUACGGUGCCAGCAGUUACCAGAAACAAGAGAAAUCAGUCUCCCCUUUUAAAAUAAGCUGAAAAGUUCAACACUUCUGAUCUCGACUCAAGUUUGAGAAUGUUGUCUGGUGUUUGGGCACAGUUCUGUGGUCUCAUUGCAGUGAACAUGGGAGAAUUCAGAAGAAUCAGAUAGUAAGUGGCAUUAAAGGUGAGCUUAGGACAAUCUAAGUGGUGAGUCGAUGAAUGACAGAUGCCAGCAGAUGAUAUGCAGGUGGGAGUGAAAUGGGACAUAGUAAAUUGCUCUCGACAUUAAACCACUCGACAUGGUCAAGUGAGGCGGUAGCAAAAAUCAGUAGUUUCCAGUGUGUAGGAUUGGUGCAGGUCGUUAAUGAUGUCCACAGGUUGACAUAAACCUCCCUGAAAGAGCCAUAGAUCAUGGUGCCUUAUAAUGGUUCCUCUAAUUCCAUUUCUCCUUUUACCCUAAACCUAUUACCUUGUUCUAAUCUCACCCAAACUGAGGAGUGGGGAGCCUGCAAGCCUCAUAAUUUUGUUUGCCUCUAAAAGAUUUCCCCUCAUUCUCCUUUGCCCCCAUGAAUAAAGUCCAACCUUUCCCGAUAACUUAGGUUCUCAAGUCCAGGCAACAUCCUCAAGGAGCUUUGGAGACCUCCCUCUGGGUUUCCACUCACAUCCCAAAAGCAUGUGGGUUUGUAGGAGGUUAAUUGCCAAUGUAAAUCAUGCCUAGUCUAGUGCCAAAAUCCAGUGGCAUUUGAGAGUGAUGAAUUAAAAUUUAUUUUAUUUCUUACAUCCAUCUUAUAUGAGGGGAUAAAGAUCUUUAUGUUGCGUCUCUGCCGCAAUGUACAAGUAAUAAGGAAGAGAAAAGUAGGAUAUUGCCCAAACACUGGGAUUGUAUACAUUAUUGUUUUGUAUACACAGUCAGAUCAAUGUGUAUUGAUAAAUCUGAUAGCCUGGUGAAAGAAGCUGCCCCAGAGCCUGUUGGUCCUGCCUUAAUGCAGCGGUGCCAUUUGCCAGACUGUAGCAGCUGAAACAGUUUGUGGUUGGGGUGGCAGGAGUCCCUGAUGAUCAUCCGGGCCCUUUUCUACGCACCUGCUGCUGUAAGUGCCCUGAAUAGUGGGAAGUUCAUGCCCACAGAUGCGUUGGGCUGCCUGCACCACUCUCUGCAGUGGCCUGCAAUUGACGGUAAUACAGUUCCCAUUACCAGGCGGUACUACAGUCAGUCAGUGUGCUCUCAGUGGUGCCCCUGUGGAAAGUCCUGAGGAUUUGGGGGAUCUCAUGCCGAACUUCUUCAGCCGUCUGAGGUGAAGGAGACGUUGCUGUGCCUUUUUCACCGCACAGCCGGUAUGUACAGUCCAGCUGAGAUCCUGGCUGUGCAGAGAAUAAAGUAUUAGCAUAGAAUUAUUGGAAUGGGGUGUUGGAUGGUUGGCACAGACUUGAUGGACUAAAGGCCUAUUUCCACACCACAUCAGACAUUGUCACCACAGGUUUCAAUGCAAUAUUCAGUGCCAGUGAAAGUUUUUACCCUCAUGGAAACCCAGAGAUUAGAAAAGGUCUCAUCACUUUAACCUUUAAGUGAGAUUGAAAGCCAUAUGAAUAAAUAAUAUUAUUCCAGUCUUCCUUCUUGGGAAUUGUAUCAUACUCUUCAUUUAUUUAUGUAAUGCAGAAUUGGUUUAUUUUCAAAUAGAGUAGCAUGCAUCGAAGUGCUUUUAUGUAAUGAACAUUUAGAUUUAUUACUUGGCUCAGAAUUGUAACAAUUUUAUGUUAUCAAGCAACUAACAUUUGACGUAACCUCUUAAUUGUAAGUUAAAUAUUUUUACAUGUACUGCAUCUUUAAUAAAUUCAUGACAUUUGGUUUU